AUGGUAGCCCCUGUGGGUAACUUUAAUUUGGAGCAUUCACUUGACGUAGACCACAUAAAUUCGUCUGAUGAAGAACUACUUCAGACCACUCAACAAUUUGAAGCAGGCAAUGUUCAAUCAACUAAAGAGAGCAGAGUAUCCCCCAGUCAACAAUUAAAUGUUCGACAACAGACGAAUAAUGGUGGAUUUUCACACAGAGAUCUGACACCGAAAACUGUCGAAAUUGGACCAAACCAAGAAAACCCAGCCAGAUGUCUUGUUCGGUUAUACGAAAAGUAUAUGUCUCUAAGACCAAAAACCUGCAACGCCUAUUACGUUCGACCAUUGAAGUAUCCUAAACGAGAUACUUGGUACUGUGCUGUGCCAGUAGGACGCCAUACCCUCUCUGGGGUUGUGAAGAGAUUGUGUGCCAACGCUGGUGUUGAUGGCUUCCAUACGAACCAUUCACUACGAGCAACCACUGCCACUAGAAUGUAUGAUUCUGGUAUAGACGAACAGUUAAUAGCCAAAAGAAAGGGCCACACAAAUCGACUGGGUAAAUAUUCUUUUGGUUACGCGGGGGCGAGGGGUAUCCAUUCCAUCAUCCUGAUUCGUGAAAUUCGUGAAUUCGAAAAAUGA